AUGUUCCCCGCUAAUUUGCACAAUCGCGCGCAGAACUAUACCUUCGACGAUACGAACGCUCUGAGGCCCAUCACCGGUGUUGCAACGUCGGAGCCCAAUCCUCAGAUCAUAUUUAUAGCGGAUCUGGCAGUGGUCGUACCCAAGACACCAUCGCUCAAGAAGCUUGUCACAGAAGAAUACUCAACUGAAGCCUGCGCAUAUCCAUCAGGUUUUCUCCCAUGCAGUACCAUGUUCGAGAUACUCUAUUCUCAAGCACCCGGAUACGCCUACUUCAUUCAUACGUAUUGA